CUGCUCUCCAGGCCCUGAAGCGUAAGAAGAGGUACGAGAAGCAGCUUGCACAGAUAGAUGGCACGUUAUCGACAAUUGAAUUUCAGAGGGAAGCCCUUGAGAAUGCCAACACGAACACUGAAGUGCUUAAGAAUAUGGGUUUUGCUGCUAAAGCGAUGAAAGCUGCUCAUGACAACAUGGAUAUUGAUAAAGUAGAUGAAUUAAUGCAGGACAUUGCAGAACAGCAAGAGCUGGCAGAUGAGAUUUCAACAGCCAUCUCAAAGCCAGUAGGAUUUGGGGAAGAAUUUGAUGAGGAUGAACUCAUGGCAGAACUAGAGGAACUAGAACAAGAAGAACUAGACAAAAACUUGCUGGAAAUAAGUGGUCCCGAGACAGUACCACUACCAAAUGUGCCCUCAAUAUCAAUACCGUCAAAGCCAGCCAAGAAGAAAGAGGAAGAGGAGGAUGAUGACAUGAAAGAGCUGGAAGCUUGGGCAGGAACCAUGUAACCACAGCAGUAACGUGCUGGAAAAAAGACUUUGAUUACCUAUUCUGGGUGCAAAUGUGUUGUGUUGAGGAGAAAGCAUAAGGAAAAUGUCUUUAUCUUUAAUUUUAACCCAAAGCAGUGGGAACUGCAUUGCUGUUUUCUGCAUAGCAUGGUCUGCACAAAGGAAAGAAAGGGGAGCAGGGGGAAUUGCCUGCAGUUUAUACGGUUGAAUUUCUGUAAAAAAGUUAUUCGCAAAAUCAAACAUUCAGCUUUUGGACUGUGCUACUGCCACUGCUGGAUCUUCAUCUUCAAAAGUUUGGGCCAUAUUGAAUUGAAAUAAGCUGAAAAACACUCUGUAAUUUUAAGUCAGUUUUAGUGUGUCUAGAAGUCUUGUAAAGCAUUUAAAAACCAGGAGAAGUUGUAAGCCACCAUCGGCUUCUUAUUGUGUUUAGGUGCAAGAAUACUUUAGGUUUUUAGUUCUUUGCAAGUUCUAUUUAUAUCCCUCGACUGAUGUGUGGCCAGCCUUGUGUUUGUCACGGCAACAAUGUAGUCACUGUUCCCAUUUUAAUUGGUGAUAACGAUUUGCAGUUGAGGAAUGCUAUCUUGGAAGUAGGGAGGAUUUAAAUUUCAGUUGUACAUUUUUCUACAUAGCACUACAAUGUUUAUUGCUUUUUUGUGAUAAUCAAUAACCCAUUCAGAUACCUGCACACAAUUAUUUUAAUUAAGAAACUACUAUGGAUUGCACUGUAUUAAAUAUCUUGAUUAAUUUUCA